AAGAAAAGCUCUCCCCAUUUCGGUAUCUGCAGCGUGGACUUUUGGCUGAAAGUUUUCAGAUCCUCAGCACAACACAACGAAGAAACCGCUUAGCUUUCAGAGCACAUAUUUCAGGCACGAAAAAGGAAGAAGAAGAAGAUGAAUUUGGUGUAUGUGAAAGUCAGAGAGAAGUGAGCGGAAUCAAUGGCGGAGAAUCAUGCGGGACGAGCGUCGACGUCUUCGUCGUUGAGGUCGGCUUCGGCGCGGCCGACUAUUACCUUGCCGGCGCUGAGUCCGAUGGACGGUCUGUUCACCGGCGGGGUGAGUCCAGGACCGAUGACUCUAGUGUCGAGUUUGUUCGCGGAGAAUGAUCAGGAGUCUGAGUGCCGCUCGUUUUCUCAGCUGCUGGCCGGUGCCAUGGCUUUUCCCGGAGUUCGGCCGCAACUGCCGGCCACGGCGGCGGUGCAUGCUAAUUCAAAGGAGGAGGAGGGUGGUGGAGAUGUUGAUUUUAGUUUCAGGAAUAACCGCCCGGCCGGUUUGGCAAUAACUCAACCGUCAAUAUUUACUAUACCGCCCGGUUUCAGCCCUGCCAGUUUGCUGGAUUCUCCUGGCCAGGGCCAUUUUGGAAUCUCUCAUCAGCAAGCACUUGCUCAGCUUACGAGUCAACCUCGCAUUUUAUCUGACCAUCCAUCUUCAUCUUUGCCUCCUGCACCCCAGUUUUUAGAUCCUAACAGCAUUAAAGAAUCAUCUAAUGUCUCAGAUAAUAUAUCAGAACCUUAUUCUUUUCCUGUUGACAAGCCUGCUGAUGAUGGUUACAACUGGAGAAAGUAUGGGCAGAAACCCAUCAAGGGGAGUGAGUUUCCCAGAAGUUAUUACAAGUGUACUCAUCCAAAUUGUCCAGUGAAGAAGAAGGUUGAGCGUUCUCUGGAUGGUCAGAUAACCGAGAUUAUAUACAAGGGCAAGCACAACCAUCAGCCACCUCAACCCCGAAAGGGGGCCAAGGAUACUGGAAAUCAAAAUGGCCUUCAAGUCAGCUCUGAACUGAAUCUCAUGGAUGGAGUUGCCUUUCAAUCAUUACCAAUGAAGGACCUCGCUACUAAAGAAAACAUGUCUGGAUCAAGUGAAAGUGAUAAGUUGGGUGAUGAUGAUGAACGUGAAUCAAAGCGUAGGGCCACAGAAGGGCAGAUCCCAGAGCCAGUAACAUCACAUCGGACAGUGACAGAACCAAAGAUCGUCGUUCAGACUACUAGUGAAGUUGAUCUUUUAGAAGACGGAUAUAGGUGGAGAAAAUAUGGGCAGAAAGUUGUUAAAGGGAACCCUUUUCCAAGAAGCUACUAUAAAUGUACCACUCCUGAAUGCAACGUGCGAAAGCACGUCGAAAGGCUUGCAAGUGAUCCAAAAGCUGUCAUAACAACGUACGAGGGCAAGCAUAACCAUGACGUACCAGCAGCUAGAAAUAGCAGCCACAACACAAUCAAUAAUGCUUCCGCGUUACAGCUGAGGCAGCACAACCCUGCUGCACUCCUGCAAUUCAAGGAAGAACAAAUUACAUGAUACCUGUGGUCUGUGGAGGCUGCAAAGUGAACAAAGUAAAUUAUUUACCAUUAAGCAAAGUCAAAGAUGAAAGUCUUUUUGGGAUAGAUCCUUUUGUCAUGAUAUAGAGACAAGUUUUAAUUUAUUCAGCUAUAAAUUAUAGAGGGGUGGGGUGGGGGUGAAAUGCAUACAUUGAUUAAUAGAAACAGUAGUUUAGAGAGGUUGGAAGGAAUAGGAAGGGUUGUGAAUCCUCUCAAGAUAUGCAAUUUGCAAUGUUGUUAUAUAU